GGGGGAGAGAGAAUGGAUAGUAGAGAGGAGAGGGGAGAGAGGGUGCCGUAAAGGUGAGAGGAUAGGCAGCUGCUAGCUUCUGAGUUCUGAAUCUCUUACGCUCUAGAACUCGUCAUCUUGCGCUUCAUUGUCAGGUUUGGAGCAAGCAGUCCUCAAUAUCUCCUGUUCAGUGGUGAAUGGCCAAGGACACCGACAACCUCAAGGCGCCAUGAGCACACAGGAGCACUAUUGCUGUUAAGCAAUUCACUGGCCCUGACAGAAUGGAUCACACGUGCACUGCUCCCCAGCCUUCAGCUCAUAGUCUGUUCAGAGCUAAAUCCGAUCACUGUGGUUCAGCGCAUGAUCCACAGUCAUCAUGUGCUUCUGCUCAAUCCUCGAGCGUUAAGUCAGAGAUGGUUGGUUCGUUGAGUCUGACAAAGAUCCUUCCGCUUGACCUUCAUAAACGGAGUCCUGAGUCCAAUCCUGAACGUUCUGCUUCUCGCGCAUCGCAAGCCCAAUUGUCGGAUCCAAUUUCAUCUAGUUCUUCCACAUUCUGCACAAGUAUGUUCUCGCUCAAGACAAGCUCCGGAUCGUGCCGGCAAAAAGGCGCUCUGCCUUUCCUACCCCAUCCUCCUAAAUGUGAGGAGCAGCAGCAGCAGAUUUCAGCUCGGCAGCCAUCCAGCUCUUCUUCACUGCUCUUUGGUGCUGACCUCAGCAAUGGUGGCCAUGAUGAUGCUGAACAUUCAGGUGAUCUCAAGGACUUUCUUAACCUUUCCGGAGACGUUUCAGAAGGUAGUUUCCCUGGAGAAAGCAAUUCCAUGGCUUUCAGUGAGCAGAUGGAAUUUCAGUUCUUGUCUGAACAGCUCGGAAUCGCCAUCACCAACAACGAAGAGAGCCCUCGAUUAGAUGACAUAUACGACAGACCACCACAAACCUCUUCAUCUUACUCUGACCAAGAAAACCUCCAGAGCGCAGCAUCUCUUGUCAAAGUUCAGCUGAGUUCAUCCCGAGCUGAAGUAUGCAACAAACCAAGACUGAGAUGGACACUGGAGCUCCAUGAGCGUUUUGUAGAGGCUGUCAACAAGCUUGGAGGACCAGAAAAGGCAACUCCAAAGGGUGUUCUGAAGCUUAUGAAGGUAGAAGGCUUGACCAUCUAUCAUGUGAAGAGCCAUUUGCAGAAAUAUCGUUUCGCCAAAUAUCUUCCAGAGACAAAAGAAGAUAAGAAGUCCUCUUCAGAAGGCAAGAAAUCUCAAUCGGUAAUACCAGGAAAUGAUGCUGGCAAAAAGAAGAGUUUACAAGUAGCAGAAGCUCUUCGGAUGCAAAUGGAGGUUCAGAAACAACUUCAUGAGCAAUUAGAGGUGCAAAGGCAACUACAGCUGCGCAUAGAAGAACAUGCAAGAUAUUUGCAGAAGAUAUUAGAACAACAACAAAAGGCAAGGGACUCCUUAUCUACUACGAGAAAUUCAACAAAAGAGGAAGCGCCAGAAUCCACAGAGAAAGAGGAAACCUCUUCAGAUCCACUGUCAAGGCGCAAAAUUUCAGAUACUGACCUGGAAUGCAACUCAUGAGUAACAAGUGGAUAACAAAAGUGCAAAGGCUCAGGAUGAUCUGCGAUGAACAUGGUGAUUGGUUGAAUGUUUGCUUCUUUUCCCUUGUAGAAUUUUAGCACUUGCGCCUAGAUGCUGAUCUCUCUUCUAUGUAUCUUAUGACCAUGACCAACUAGUACUGCGAUGAGUUUAGCCAUUGUAUAUGAUUAACUUUCAGAUGGAAAUGGAACAACAAUUGUUCGUACAAAAA